AUUCUCUUUCAGGCAAAACAAGUUGAGAAAUUCUCUAUUGAGUGUCUGUGCUGCCCUAGUGUGCGAGUCGGUGGGCCGCUAUAGUCGCAAUAGUUUUUUCAAAUUUAGUGAGCAAGCGCCAAACCGAGUGAAAGUGACCCUAAAACAAGAGCCAAAGAUACUCAAAAGAAGUGCAUAAAACCCUUGAGAUAAACACAAUCAAUUAGCAAACAUGUCGGACAAUGAGGAGGUUGUUGCUGCCGCCGAGGAGCAGACCAAGACAAGCCCCGAUCCGGUGCCAGCUGCCGAUGAGGAUGCCAGCAAGACCAGCGUCGUCACCGAACGCACCGAGGAGGUGAUUCCCGGCGAGACCGAGAAAAUGGUCACCGAAGCCAUUGACGAGGACGGCGAUGUCGUUGAGGAGACAACCGAAGUGACCCGCAAGACUGUCAAGCGUACCAUGAAAAUAACCGAGACUUCGUCCACCACAAAGACAACCACGCUCACUACGCCGGCCAAGCUGUACGGCAAGGACUUGAGCGAAUACGAUGAUGUGGAUGUGGAGAGUCUGUUGGCGCAACUGUCGCCCGAGGAGAUAACCAUACUGGCCAAAGAGGUUGAUCCCGAUGACAACUUCCUGCCACCAGAUCAGCGCUGCAGCUACGAGUGUACCAAGGCUGCUACCGGGCCGCUGAAUCGCAAGCAGCUCAUCGAGCAUAUCAACAAGCAGGCCAUCGAGACGCCCGAUCAGCCGGAGUUUGAGCCGUAUGUGCAGGGCAAGGUGCGCGGCAAGAAGUGGGUGCCACCGCCAAGGGAUGCGCGUGACAUUGAGGCGGAGGAACAGAUCGCCAUCGACAUGGGCGAGGAGUACGAGCAUGCUCUCAGUGAUGCCACGCAGGAGGAAAUUAUCGAUCUGGCUGCCAUUCUUGGCUUCCACUCGAUGAUGAACCAGGAUCAGUACCACGCCUCGCUACUGAACAAGGGCCAGCCGGUUGGCUUGGGCUGGGAUGGCAUCACAAAGUCCACACAGCAGAAGUUGUACCCCAUGGAUCCGCCCAACAGCACAGAUGUGGAUGAGUCAAUCAAGCGCGUCAAGGAUGACGACAACAAGCUAAUUGACCUGAACUUGAAUAACAUUAAGAAUAUAUCGGAUGAGAAGUUCGAACAGCUCUUUGCAGCACUGCCUCAGAAUGAACAUUUGGAAGUUCUAUCGCUGACAAACGUCGGACUGACCGAUAAGACAGCUCUCCUGCUCGCCGAAGCGAUCGAGAAAAGCAAAACCCUGAGAGUAUUAAAUGUGGAGACCAACUUUAUCAGUCCGCCCGUGAUUGUCAGACUAGUGCAAGCUCUGCUCAAAUGUCACACCAUCGAGGAGUUCAGGGCCUCCAAUCAGCGAUCUGCAGUGCUUGGCAACAAGAUUGAAAUGGAGAUCACCAACUUGGUGGAGAAGAACCCAUCGCUACUGCGACUCGGCUUGCACCUGGAGUUCAACGAUGCGCGUCAUCGCGUGGCCGCCCAUCUGCAGCGCAACAUCGACAGAAGUGAAUUGCAGCAAGGUACGUUAGCUUUCCACGCCGACGCUUCGUCACCGUCAUCCCCAUCCGCACCAGCAUCCGCAUCAGAAUCAGCAUUUCCAUCUACAUCCGCAUCAGCCAUAUCGCACUCAAAGGCAAAGAGCUUGGCUGCUUUCGAGCAGUUCGUGAAGGCUCGCACCUGGACUAAUGCAUCAGAUUCUGCUCAUGUCUUGCCACCAUCAGGGCGCAUUACGCGCAACUUGCAGUUGACUUCCAUGGCAGGCACACCAACCACAACUGGAGUGGCAGCCGAGGCCUCCACAUCCCGUGCUGCCCUGAGCCGCUUGCGCGCGGCAAACGAGAAGGAGAUCUAAGCUUGGAUGUCCUCUCUCAGUACCCAAACGGCGUUGGUAACCAAAAUGUAGUU